AGCAGGAGGUGACGUCAGAGCCCCGCAUACAGUCGUUGUUUUGAACAUGGAUGUUAGGCUGACAACAGAACGCCGUUUCAGACCUCCGUCAAAGUUUCUUGGAUAAAGCAUUAUCAACUUAUCGUAAUUAUAAAAAGGGGCAUCGUUUAUUGUUAUCAGUUUGAUGCAUUUUCGAAGGAAACUAACAUUUGCAACAGAGAAAGCGCUCUGCACCCUUUGUCAGGGAUUGUUUUUAAAUUCUCUCCGACAUGGACAUGCACGGGAACGACGGUAUAUUUUUGGUGAAAAGACUGUUUAACAGUGAAGUGUUUGAAAUGUCGAACAUGUCUGACAUUACAAAGGCAAAUCCCCACGGCUGCGACAACGGAGCUCUCACCAACAGAUUCGGCGUAUUGAUCCAGGGACUGCUCGCUGUAGUGGCUUUCAGCACUUUAAUGCUGAAGAGGUUCCGGGAGCCUGUAGGGAUCAGAAGGCCUUGGAGGAUCUGGUUCUUCGACACGUCCAAGCAGGCUAUCGGCGCUCUGUUCAUCCACUUCGCCAACGUUUUCCUCUCCACCCUCACUGAGGAGGACUCCUGCUCCUUGUAUCUGAUGAACUUCCUCCUGGAUGCUACCCUGGGGAUGCUGGUGAUCUGGGCGGGGGUGAAGGUGGUGUCGAAGGUGGUGGAGCACAAGCAGCACACGCUGCUCAUCUUUGGAGAAUACGGGGACCCACCCCAGGCAGCAGCAUGGCUUGGCCAGUGUUGUGUCUACCUGCUCAUCAUGGUGCUGGAGAAGAGCAUGGUCAGUGUGGUGCUCCUCAUCCCCGGUUGGACAAAGCUGCAGGAAGUGUUGCUGGACUACAUCCCCAGCCCCCAGAUGGAGCUGCUGCUGGUCAUGCUCGUUGUACCCUUCAUUGUCAACUCCAUCAUGUUCUGGGUGGUGGACAGUCUGAUGAUGAGGAAGUACAAGAGCCUGAAGAGCCUAGACGACAACUGUGGAUCCCCGGAGAAAGCUGAAGGAUCGCUGUGGGUUACCGACGAGGAGUCAAGGGUCCUGCUGACGGUAGACACAGACACAGAAGACCAAUCUGAGGAAGAGGCAGGUCUCAGACAAGACUCCUACUUAACCCCCCAGGGAGGGUCUAUGGUACCAGGCUGGGUGGAGGUGUAGCCCUGGAACCCCCCUCCUCCCCCCCCCCAAACACACACGCACACGCAGUACUAAACACAGACAAACCCCGUCCAGCAGCGUUGUUUCAUUGCCAGAAGACCAUACUCUCACUCAGGUUA